CGCCUAGCUGUUAGACGGGCGGUUAUCAGCUAUUUUCAUUUUCUUCAGAUAUACGUUGACUGUAAUUUAAAGUAAAAACUGUAUACGUUAAGUUCUAAAACCCAUAGAUUAUUUGAGUCAUAUAAACCAAUCUCACUUCAUCUAUUUUUCCGUUGACAAGGAACUAUGGUAGCCACCACGUAAUUGUUUUUCAUCCAAGGGAACGUAAGGAGUGCGUUGAAGUUUGGUUAAAACUGUGUUUUAAUUGAAAGUGAACUGUACGUUAUUACAACAUUGCUUUGCUAAAGUUGUGAUACAAGUGAAAGACAAAUGAUGCCAUACUAAGUGGUGUGAGUUGUCACGGCUAUUUUAUUAGUUGUGAAAUGGGCCUUGGAUGUAACCUGUGGAAGAAUAUUCGUUAUACGCCCCUAAUGGAAUUCUUCUGCUUAGCCUUAGUGUAACUGUUAUGGAUGAUUUUGGGCAGCCUUUAGAGUUGGGUUCACAAAAUGAUCACCGACGGACCAUUAUUCACAUUGAUAUAGAUUGUUUUUAUGCCCAAGUGGAGAUAUUGAAAAAUCCAUCACUGAAAGAUUUACCCGUUGGCAUACAACAAAAAAACCUAGUGGUUACCUGCAACUACAUAGCAAGAGAAUAUGGUGUUAAGAAGUGCAUGGAAGUUCGAGAAGCUCAGAGCCUGUGUCCACAGCUAGUGCUUGUUUGUGGAGAAGAUUUGCAUGAUUAUAGACAAAUGUCAUCCAAAGUAACAAACCUAUUACAAAAUUUCAGUACGCAGGUUGAGCGAUUAGGGUUAGAUGAAAAUUUUGUUGAUGUAAGCCACUUGGUAUCUCAGUCAGACUUUAAAACUGAGAGGACAGCUGCAGAUGGAAAAAUAUUCAAAAAUAUAAUGGAUGAAUGUGACUGUGGCUGCCAUGAACGCCUGUGUAUUGGUUCGCAUAUUGCAAGUAAAAUUAGGAAGCAAAUAAAAAGCGACUUGGGUUUAACCUGCUGUGCAGGAAUAUCGUACAACAAGUUAUUGUCAAAAUUGGUAUGCUCUGUUAAUAAGCCUGAUCAGCAAACAACCGUAUUUGCAUGCUGUGCCCUAGAUUUAGUGUCAGGUCUUCCAGGUUUGAGAUGUAUCCCAGGCAUAGGAUCCAGGUUAUGUGAGACCUUGCAAUCAGUAGACAUAACAUCAAUCAGUGACCUUCAGAACUGCAGUAUGGAGAAAUUAAGACGUGCGGUUGGUGUUGAUAAUGCUAUACGCUUGAAAAGGCUAAGCUUUGGUAUUGAUAAUUUACCUGUAAAACAGUCUGGUAAGCCACAUACAAUUAGCCUUGAGGAUGGUUGCCGAAAAGUAAAUUUGGAAUCAGAGGUGCGAAGUAAAUUUUCAGUGUUGCUGCAAAGACUUAUGGUCUUGUUAAAUGAAGAUGGACGGAUACCUUGUGCUGUUAAAGUAACUGUAAGAAAGUAUGACAGUGUCACAAAAGUGAGUCACAGGGAGAGCAAGCAAUGUAAUAUACCUCCAUCAUUUUUUACUACUGCUAACUGUGAACAGCUUUCAAGUGACGUUACUGAAAAGUUAAUGAGUUCAGUCAUGCAGUUAUUUCACAAAAUGGUUAAUAUAUCCAAACCAUUUCAUCUGACUCUUGUUGGUGUAGGAUUUACCAAGUUUCAGGAGCGAAAGACGGGAAAAAGUUCCAUAGCUUCAUUCUUAAAAAAAGAUUUGUCUGUUCAGUCAGUUACAUCUUACAAGUAUCUGUCAGGGAUCGGUAACGGAAUGGAGCAGUCACCUUCACAGCCAUUCCCAGUUCAUAGAUGCGUUCAUAACACAGAAAAAUCUGGCUCAGAAUCUGAACCAGAACCAUCACCAAAGAAAACAAGAAUAGAUUCUUGGGUUGCAAGAAGGAAGAGAACUGUGUGCAUGGAUGAUGACAGUGAUGAUGCAUCUCCUAGCAAGUUAAGAGUCUCGGAUAUUCAUCUGAAUUCAAGUGAUUCUGUUGAAGAAACUUCCUCAGAAGAAUUGCCUCACAAUAAAAUGGAGAAAAAAUUAGAUAGUGAUUAUUUGCAUUCUGUAUGUACAUUGGAAGAUGAUUGUGUGCAAGCAAUGAAAAGAGACUUUCCUGUUGAAUGUAAGUGUCCAGAUGGUGUUGAUCAAUCAGUGUUCAGGGAACUGCCAUAUGAAAUGCAAAUGGAACUAGUUGAAUCUUGGAAUUAUAAAGCUAAGACUAAAGAAUUGAAAAGCAAUGUGAAAGGAAAUAAAAAUACGAUUUUGCAUUACUUCAUUCGAGAUAAGCAGGCUAGUUAAUUUCACAAGCUUAAUCAUGUCUGUAAUAAAUCAAAAUUAAAUAUUCAUAAAUCACACCUAUUUUCAAAGCAUUUACAUCUGCAUUUACCUCACUCAAAUUCACAGUACUGAAUGUGGAGGACAGGAAAUAUCCAGAGUAAUUUGUUUUUAUAGCUGUAAGAAUAAUGUACUUGGCCGGGGAGAAAACUGCUAACUUUCAGACACAUUGUUAUGAAAGCAAACUUCAUGCCUGAUUAAUCUCUCUAAUUAAAAGUAAUUACUAACUUCUUAUUAACUUAAACAUAAAUAUAAAUGUAUGACUGUCUUCCAGAAUACACAUAUAUUUUUGUUAUAUAUGUUCAAAAGUGAGCAUAACAGUGCCAUGAUGAUGACUGGUACACGGUUGUCAAUUCUUUGUCUACUUGUAAUUUUUGGUCCACUGGACUAGACCAAUAAUGGGUGGUACAGAUCUCUAAUCACUAUAAAAACAUGAAAUCAGUUUUAAUAUGAACGUAGCUAUAAUAUGAAUGAAUGUAGCUAUGUUACCCCUUAGGUUAUAGUCAGUUGCUGCAGUUCAUGCAAGUACCAGAGUCUGCUAUACAUUGGCCUAGUUCUUUCUCUUUCAUUUAUAAGAUAUUGCUCUAACACAAAACAAAAACCACAUAAAUAAAUGUUACAGUCCUCACUUUUCCACAUUUUUUGUAUUAUUAUUUUAAUGAGAAGUAAAACUGAAAAGUAGUCCAGUAACUCAAAUGAAUGUAAUCAGGCUGCAGUUCUGUACAUACCAGACUAUUGAAAAAUUUGUGUAACUUUAAUUAAUAAGUGGACUCUGGGAAUUAAAUAAUGAAAUGAAAUACUGUUAACAUUUCAUGAUGAUACUCCUUGGUUCAUGUUCACUUGGGGUUACAUCAUAUGACAUCCUUUGGUGUGUUGAACCUCACAAGUACUUUCAUGUGUGAAUAUUAUAUUUUGUUGGAAACAGGAUGUGUGCUGUAAUAUUUCUAAGAGUGUGUGCUUCUCAAGCUUUCUUGGGCAGGGAAGGAAAAUGUUAACACUGGAGAGUCAACAGAAGCCAAACUACGUCCACAAACAAUAUCCUUUGCUGAGUGUGAAAAUUUUUGUUGUUUUAUGUGUAGUCAUUUCAUUGUAAUACAGUCCAGAAAAAUGGUCUAAUGUGGAUCAAAGGGUGGCACAGUUUGUGAAAAUGUCGGGCUAUCAGGAAAGAUCUUAAAAAAAGAAAGUAUCAGUACAAUUUUU